AUGUCAAAUUCACAGCGAAAAUACCUGAAACCAGGGCGAAAAAGGUUAAUUGGGGAACAAAUUCACGAGUUUUCCGGUGAUUCUAUUAAAAUAUGUUCAACAUUACAUUUAAAUCACGAUCCAAGUUUGGAAUCCAGUCACUGUAAGGAUGUAACUACAAAUGAUCCUUAUUAA